CCCAUCAUCCUUUGCGCCUACCCACCCCACCGCGGCUGUCAUCAUGGCGGCGGUGCUUACCGAGACGUUAGCGGAGCAGAAACAGGCCCAGAAGCUCGAGAUGAACGGCGAAGCCGGGGAAGGAGAAGACGCCGCGGACCCAGUGGAGGAGGCGGCGAAAAAGAAGAAGAAGAAGAAAAAGAAGAACAAGUCCGCCGCCAACGCCGGACCUGAAGGCGACGCCGUGGCCGAGGUGACUAAGGAGUUGGAGAAGCAGGUGAUCGAGGAGAAGGAGGAAGAUGGCGAGGAAGACGGUGAUGAUGGAGAAAACACGGCAGGGAAGAAGAAGAAGAAGAAAAAGAAGAAGAAAGGAUCCAAAGGCCAGACUGAUCCUCCGUCUAUACCCAUCUGUGAGUUGUACCCCAGUGCCGUCUUCCCCGUCGGGCAGGAGUGUGAAUACCCCAUCUCACAGGACGGGCGCAGCGCGGCGUGGCGCAGCAGCAACGAGGGCAAGCGGGUGCUGGACAAAGCCAACGAGGAAGUGUGGAACGACUUCCGGCAGGCGGCCGAGGCUCACAGGCAGGUCCGGCAGCACGUGCGCGGCUUCCUGAAACCUGGCUUGACCAUGAUUGAAAUCUGCGAGCGCUUGGAGGAUUGUUCCCGGAAGCUCAUCAAGGAGAACAAGCUGAACGCCGGCCUGGCGUUCCCUACCGGCUGCUCCCUCAACCACUGCGCCGCCCACUACACUCCCAACGCCGGUGACACCACCGUCCUGCAGUACGACGACGUCUGCAAGAUAGACUUCGGCACGCACAUUAACGGGCGAAUCAUCGACUGUGCCUUCACCGUUACCUUCAACCCAAAGUACGACAAGCUGCUGGAGGCCGUGAAAGACGCCACCAACACUGGCAUUAAAAACGCCGGCAUCGACGUGCGCCUGUGUGACGUUGGGGAGGCCAUCCAGGAAGUGAUGGAGUCCUAUGAGGUUGAGCUCGAUGGCAAAACAUACCAAGUCAAACCCAUCCGAAACCUGAACGGUCAUUCCAUCGGCCAGUACAGGAUACACGCCGGCAAGACCGUGCCCAUCGUCAAAGGAGGGGAGGCCACGAGAAUGGAGGAGGGCGAGGUUUACGCCAUCGAGACGUUCGGCAGUACCGGAAAAGGCGUGGUCCACGAUGACAUGGAGUGCUCCCACUACAUGAAGAACUUUGACGUGGGCCACGUCCCCAUCAGGCUCCCGCGGGCGAAGCACCUGCUCAACGUGAUCAACGAGAACUUCGGCACGCUGGCCUUCUGCCGCCGCUGGCUGGACCGCCUGGGCGAGAGCAAGUACCUGAUGGCCCUGAAGAGCCUGUGCGACCUGGGCAUCGUGGACCCCUACCCGCCCCUGUGCGACACCAAGGGCUGCUACACGGCUCAGUUCGAGCACACCAUCCUGCUCAGGCCCACUUGCAAGGAGGUGGUGAGCCGGGGAGACGACUAUUAAGGCCCCGCCCUCAACCGCCGAACCCGCACGCCUCCGCACCACCGACACACGGAAUCUGGAAGUGAUCCACUCAGCAGCACGAGGGCUUUCCUGACUUUUCUUCUUCUCUUCAAACAAGCUUUUGAAAAGUUACCCGUUCACUAGUGAACUACUGAAGAUGACGUUAUAGCUCCGCCCCCUUGACCUACGACACCACCCCGAGCUUUCAGCACGUCUCUCGGCUCAGAAUAAUCGAUCAUGUUGAGCUUUGGUGUCUGUUGUCGUGGCAACAGCCUCUCCACACCGUAUGUUUGGCUUGUCGCGACAGCGGUUUUGCGCUAUCUGCAAAAGUUUUUGUAAGAAAAAGAUUAAAAACAUCAGCCAGA